UCCUCGAUUGAUUGUGCAUUGUGCGCUCUCGUGCCUUUUAGUGAACUUUCAAUUAUAUUUUAUCAAUUUUUUCGCUAUUUCUCGAAUUACAUACAUAAACCCAUCAGUAAACGUUUAUCAGUUCAGUUUAUUCAAUCAAUCUCUUCUUUCUACUUUGUUAGUGCUCCAUAAAGUUCCCGAGAGAUGGAUGCCCCUUUCAACGACUUGGAUCAGCGUUUGCUGGAUUAUCAACGUGAAUACUUGGAUUUUAUCGAUGAUGAGGAGGAUGAAGGAAUUUACCAGAGACGCGUGAAGAACAUGAUUGAAGACAAAAGAUGUCGAUUGGUUGUGAAUAUCAACGAUCUUCGACGAAAGAAUCCUGCCAGGGCUGCAGCUGUUCUAACUAAUACAUUUGAGGAGCAGCUUGCAUUCCAGAAAGCUUUGAAAGAAUAUGUAUCAACCAUUGAUCCUGUGUAUGCGAGUGAAGUAGAGGACUUCUACAUAGCGUUUGAGGGUAGCUUCGGUAACAAGCAUGUUACUCCUCGUACUCUUUCUGCUCGUCUUUUGGGCUGUCUAGUUUGCGUGGAAGGCAUUGUUACCAGAAGCUCUCUCGUACGGCCAAAAGUUGUGCGCAGUGUUCAUUACUGUCCUGCCACCACUAAGACUAUUGAAAGGCGGUACACUGAUCUGACAUCAUAUGAUCCAUUCCCGAGUGGUGCCACGUAUCCCACCAAGGAUGAAGAUGGUAAUCUUUUGGAAACCGAAUACGGAAUGUCUGUGUACAAAGAUCACCAGACAAUUACAAUUCAAGAAAUGCCUGAAAAAUCACCUGCCGGUCAGCUACCCCGCUCUGUCGACAUCAUUUGUGACGGUGAUCUAGUCGAUUUGUGUAAACCCGGAGAUCGGGUUCAGAUCGUCGGAAAUUUCCGUUGUCUACCAAACAAACAAGGAGGCUUUACAAGUGGAGCUUUCAGAACAAUAGUCAUCGCAAAUCAUAUUGCACAUCUCAGCAAAGAAGCUCAAACUUUUAUUGUUCGUGAAGAUGUACUUCACUGUCGUAAGUUAGCAAAGAGGAAGAAUAUUUUUGAUUUGCUGGCACAUUCGUUGGCCCCAUCUAUUCAUGGACAUGAGUAUAUAAAGAAAGCCAUUCUGUGUCUUUUACUUGGUGGCGUUGAAAAAAUCUUGCCAAAUGGUACACGCCUAAGAGGUGACAUAAACAUUUUGCUAAUCGGAGACCCUAGUGUGGCCAAAUCGCAGUUGCUGCGGUACGUCUUGAAUACAGCACCACGCGCUGUGACAACAACCGGUAGAGGAAGUUCAGGUGUUGGUUUGACUGCUGCUGUAACAACAGACAAUGAAACUGGAGAAAGAAGGCUUGAAGCUGGUGCCAUGGUUCUCGCCGACAGGGGAGUGGUUUGCAUCGAUGAAUUUGAUAAAAUGUCGGACAUUGAUAGGACUGCCAUCCACGAAGUCAUGGAACAGGGUCGAGUGACAAUCUCCAAAGCUGGUAUCCAUGCUCGUUUGAACGCCAGAUGUUCUGUCUUAGCUGCUGCUAACCCUGUUUAUGGAAAAUACGAUUCCUUCCGUACGCCCAUGGAAAACAUCGGUCUUCAAGACUCAUUGCUCUCAAGAUUUGAUUUGUUGUUCGUCAUGCUGGAUAAAAUUGAUGUCGACCAUGAUAGUAUGAUCGCUGAUCACGUUGUGAGGAUGCACAGAUACAGGAGUCCCAAUGAACAAGAUGGUGAGGUUCUACCCAUGGCCACUGAUGCAGACAUGCUGAGCACAUACGAUAUCAGUGCUGAAGAGGAAAACACUGCUAUUUAUGAGAAGUAUGAUGCAGUCCUUCACGGAACCACCCGAUCAAAAACCGAUAAAAUUUUCACUGCCAGCUUCAUGAAAAAAUACAUUUACAUCGCAAAAAUUCUGAAACCAGUACUCACCCAGGAGGCAUCAGAGAAAAUCGCCGAAAAGUACUCAAGGCUUAGAUGUUUGGAAUCUGUAUCCGGCAAUGAAGCCAGGACGCAACCUGUAACCGUUCGUACUUUAGAGACGCUGAUUCGAUUAUCAACUGCUCAUGCCAAGUGCCGUCUAUCGAAAACCAUUGAUGCUGUUGAUGCAGAUGUAGCUAUUGAGUUAAUCCAGUUUGCUCUAUUUAAAGAGGUUUUGGAAAAACCAAAGAAAAGCAGACGCGCAGAUGACGGUGAUGAUAGUCAGGCUGAAGAUGAUGAUGAUGAUGAAGAUGGUGGCAGUAGCAGACGAGGCAAGAGGACCCGCUCAGACAAGAGCAAAGAAAGAAGCGAGUACGAUUUCUCAGAUGAAGAUGAGCCAGCAACGGCUACACCAAGGUCAAAGAGGCAGCGUAGAGAUCCCGAGUCGCAGCCAGAAACAACAACAACAUCUCAAGAGCCUGCGGACGUUAGAGAAGCUGUCUUUGAUCAGCCUGCUACAGAAGCCCCUAAAUUACCUGAGCCCACAGCUAUUUCAAACGACAGGUUGAAAAAGUUCAAAGGUGUACUAGCUGACACCUUCCGUCAAGAAAGAGCUCAUACCCUGCCUUUCACUCGCAUUAUGCAAGCGCUCAAUCAUCCUAAUGAACCACAGCCUUUUGCUCCUGGUGAAGCAGCCGCUGCCAUCGUUCGCAUGACUGACGAUAAUCUGGUUUAUCAUACCGAUGGAAUUGUUUACCUCCUGUAAGAUUCCUGAGCAAGGAUCUCUUGUACCUAACUUAUUUUGUAAGUGAGAAAACUCUGCAUGAAAAUUGAUGUUUAGUGUCAAAUUGGCUGUGCUGAAAAAUAUUCAGUAUGAACUUUUGGAUGUCGCCUACUAACUUCUAAUAUUCACAUUUAUUGGCAACUUUAGGGUUUUCCCCUUGAAUUUUGCAGAGAAUUUUUAUCAUGAUUGAAACUAGUGUUACUGAAAGUUUUAAUGAAAAAUAUUCACAGCUUCUCUGAAAAAUAAAUCUUUUACCGGCAGAAAUCAAAGUACCCAAGUUGGAAAAUUAUUGCCAUGUAUGUCACUCUCCGAUUGAUUAACUAGUCCUAGUUUUCCAUGGGGCUCUCAAGGAGCAAUAAAAACUAAAUCUGAUUUAGAGAUAUUUGCAUUUUUGAGGGAGAAGAGAUUGUUUCUUGUUGUCGAAGUGAAAUUCUUUGAAAGAAUAUCCAUCCACGUCUGUUUAGAAAUUAUUUCAGAGGUUGAAAACUAAAAGAUUCUUGUGUGUGUAGAACUACAUUGCAAUCAUUUGGCUAAUAUUUGUCCCAAACUAGGAACGAGGGGGGCUUUAAAAGGGGAAAAAUGGCAGAACCAAUCAGAGAGCAGUGCAGUUUCUCAGUAGUACAAGGAUUGAGAUGGCAAUAAUCUACUUUCUUGGGCACCUUAGGAAAAAUUUGGUAACAUUCGAAAGUUCAAGCCACACUCUUCUUUAGCACAGCAGAACUCCACAUAGCUGAUCGUCUAAAGUUCAAAGCCUUGCAAUAUGCUUGGUGGAGGCUGAAAAGAAACUGUAGUUAAUAAGUCAGCAUCCAGAUGUAAUAACAGUGUAGCAAUGCGACGGUGUAAGUCGGCAAUCACAUAACUCAGUUUGCCAUGUUGCAGACUUCCUGUUAUACUUUAUUUUUAAACGGGAAACUACUCAACGGCAAUUCUUUAAAACUGCCGUGAUUUUUCUUCUCUGUGUGAAGAAAAUUCUGCAAAAAGGCAAAAACCUUAAGGAAUGAUGUCAAUUUAUUCUCCUUUUGAGAUAUGUGAUUGCGGACUUACGCCGUCAAAUGGCUAAUCUUGUUCUAAUUUCAAAUUUGCAUUAAGUCUGUACCUCUCUAAGUGCCACAUUUUGAUACAGUUCAUUGAGUUGUAAGAUAAGUUGUUUGAAAACUUCAGUUUUAAGUAUCACCGUUUCAUAUCAGAAAAUCUUAAAUGUUUUAACUGUAUUUUUGUACAAUAAAGUUUUUUAAUCAAAUUUUA